AUGACCGCUAGAAUGGCCGGGUCUACCUCUCUCCAGCCUUGGGCUGAAGGCGCGGAGAAAUUUAGAGGCCAACGGUUGCUCCCCCACAUCAUCGACUAUUACGCUCAUCAUGAACCCGAUCGGGUAUUUGCCGCCGUUGCGACCUCCGAAAGCGUAGCGACAAGCUUUCAGGAUGUCCCUAUGAAGACUCUGGCGACAGCUAUCGACCAUAUGGCCUGGUGGCUGGACCGCUCGUUGAAAAAGUCAAGCAAAAAAAGGCGGACCCUGGCUUAUGUUGGCCCUGUCGACCUGCGAUAUACGAUUGUUCUACUGGCGGCGAUCAAAUCAGGAUGGAGGACUAUGUUUGUCUCGCCACAAAACCCCGCCAUCUUGAACCUUGGCCUUCUACAGCAGGUCGAUGUGAGCACCAUGCUGUAUGCUGAUGUCAUGCGUUCUGUGGCCAAAGACUUACAAAAGUUUGAUCCCUCAAUAUCCUGCAAACAAGUGCCCUCGAUGGCCGAUUUACUCAACUCAGAUGCUAUGCCAUACCCCUUCGAGAGCUCAUGGAAGGAUAUUAAAGAUGUGAAUUGCCUGGUCUUACACUCUUCGGGAUCAACUGGCCAGCCAAAGCUAGUGUAUAUCACUCAUUAUUCGUUUUCCUGCACGGACAAUGACGGAAAGAUACCCGUUCCAAAGGGUCGACGCCCCCAAAACGCGGCUCUAUUCAACUUUUCCCCAGCUGGACGGUUCUAUUCUGCCUUUCCACCUUAUCUUAUGGCGGGUGUUCAAUCAACUACAUUAUUGCCUGCAUUUUCGCAAGGAGCGACGGUGGUCAUGGGCCCACCGAUGUUGCCCCCUAGUGGCCUUUUAGUAACUACUAUCAUGAAACAACAGGAGAUACGAGGUCUUUUUGUUCCUCCGCCUAUUAUAGAACAAUGGGUCAUUGAUCCACAUGCAUAUGAACAGGCAGAAGAGCUUGAUUUCGUGCUCUAUAGUGGUGGUCUAUUGAAUCGAAGUAUUGGCAACCGCCUCGAUGAAGUUACAGAUGUCUGCCAGAUAUACGGUACUCUCGAAAUCGGCCAUGGCCAGAUGCUUGUUCCUCAGGAUGGAGAAUGGGAAUACAUGGAGGUGAACCCAGUGGAAGAGUACGACUUUCAAGAACUGGAAGAAGGUGAGGGUCUCUAUGAAUUGGUGAUACAUGCAAAUCCAAAGCUCAUAGAGCAUCGCGCCCUUGCACAUAACUUCCCGGACGCGAAAGAAUGGCGAACGAGGGAUCUAUUCAUCCCCCACCCGUCAAAGCCUGGACUCUGGCGUUUUCACUCCCGCACUGACGAUAUUAUCUCGCUGGCAACCGGUUAUCGAGUAUGGCCUAUCCCGAUGGAGACAGUCCUGGCCGAGGAUCCUCAUAUUUCCGGUGCUUUGAUGGUAGGGAAUGAUCGCCCCGAGGUCCUUCUUUUAGUCGAACCACGCCAAAGUCCGCAGGUGGACCGAAUGAGUAAACGCGAAUUUAUUGAUGCUAUCUGGCCAACCAUUGUUCAAGCGAAUGCAAAGGCUCCUGAGUACGGCAAAAUUCGUCGAUCGCGAAUUCUCCUCUGUCAGCCCAAUCUUGGAUUCUUUAGAACUCCAAAGGGCACCAUCUCACGGAAACCUACAGAAUCAUUAUACUCCGAGUACAUUGCCGGGACUUUUAUCGAGGGCACAGCGGAUGAGCAGAGCCAAAUCGGACUUCUGGAAAAGCACUGGUUGGACGAAAGCAAACGGUUUAUUGGAUCAGUUGUGCAUGACAUUCGUCCUGAUGUUACUUUUAAAGAAACCGAUGAUUUCUUCAUUACCAAAGCUAUGGACUCGCUCACCGUCGUGGAACUUGGGCAGAAGCUGAGACUCGGUCUUUUAGGACGUAUGAGUCAAGAGAAGAAUACAAUUAGCUUCUGGAUACGAACCAUCUUCGAAAACCCGUCUAUCGAGAGUCUAGCCAAGGCCACCUUGAAUGCUAUCUCUGGGAAAGGAGACUCUGACGAGCUAUCACAAACCUCUGCCAUGGAGCGUAUGGUAGAGCAAUUGACGGACCAGCUGCCAGAACCCAGUGGAAAGGCCCCAGAGCUUGAACUUCCGAACGAAGACAUUGAAGUCGUUCUACUUGGAUCUCGCGGCCGUCUUGGGCCAUACCUCGUUAAAGACUUGCUAGACGACCCUCGUGUGGCCAGCAUCAAAUGUCUAGAUAGAGGACAGAACGGUCGAGCAGCGUUUCAGCGCCGCGUGGAUGAGCUCGGUCUUGACCUGGAUUCGAAGAACUCACGGUUGCAAUUCAUCUCCAUGAACCUAUCCUUGCCAAAUCUUGGACUUCAGCCAAAAGAAUUGGAGGAAAUUUCCAACAAUGCUGAUGUCAUUAUUCAUAAUGUCUGGGCUGUGAAUUUUGCGUUGUCGCUAUCAUCCUUUCGGCUGGAGAUGCUCAAGAGCCUCGUCACCUUGGUAGAAAUCGCAAAUAAUGCGCCAUCUCGGCCACGGCUCGUCUUCACGUCAAGUACCGGGACUGUAUCAUGCUGGCCAAAAGCUGUUGCACCCAAUGUGCCUGUCCCAGAAGAGGUUAUUAAGUGUUCGGCAGCAGCGACACUAACAGGCUACGCACAAUCGAAGCAUGUCGCAGAGCGGCUCCUGGCGUCUGCGGGGGCACGUCUAAAAAUUCCGAUCUCCAUCCUUCGCAUUGGCCAAAUCGCCGGCCCCACCACCUUGGCAGAUAGCGGUAAAUGGGAUAGUCGCGACUGGAUGCAUUCUCUCUCAAUUCUCGCCAAGGCCACCGGCCUUGUUCCCUCAGACGUGGCUGAGAUUGACUGGAUCCCGGUGGAUCAAGUCUCCCAAAUUGUGACCGAGAUUUCGUUGAAAGAGACUCACGACGAGGAAACCGGCACGCCUUUCGUGCAAGUUUAUAAUGUGAUCCACUCGCGUCCAGUUCCAUUCGUCCAGUUUGCCGAUGCACUGGCAGGCUGCAUCUCCUCAUCGCGUAAAGUUGGGUUCCACCAAUGGGUAGAUCACUUAGCUGGUCUAAUGCCAAACAAGCUUUCAAAGGAUGCCGAGGCUGAGAAGACUCGCAUCUUACAUUUCUUCCAGGCGAUCGUUCAGGAACAGUACCCCAAGUUCACGCUGAGCAAGGCAAAAGCCGCUAGUGUUACUAUGGCUAGUAUGGAACCGAUUGGGCAGGAAAUGCUGACGAAGUGGUGUAAGCAGUGGACACAGUCAUAG